AUGCUCCAGCCACUCGUGCUGCUCCUGCUGGCACUCCCAGCACUGCUACACGCCCAGCUACUUCUCCCACACCUCUCGCCAACAGCUGCGCCGUCGCCAGACGCCCAACCAAGACCGUCCGUCAACUUCCUCGUCCCGCGACAGCAGCAGGCCAGCACGAGCGCCAGUGGGAGUGAGAGCAGCUCGGUUAGCAUUCCCAAUACUGCACCCGCCGGCGGCCUCACCUUCCUCACACCCGCCGCCACAGCCGGCGCAUCGUACUACAAGAUCGCCCCCUCGAACCCCAUCACCUUCGGCUGGAACUACACUUCGCUUUAUGUCACCCCGACGAGCUUGACGUUCGAGGCGCGAUGCUCGGCGAAUGGGUUUACGUACCCUGUUGGACCGACGCAGGGCAUUCCGGGCAGCCAGACGUCGCUCAUUUGGGACCCUUACGCCUACGCACAAUCGCCCAACGCCGUCCCCUUCGCCCAAGCAACCUACACCCUCCGAGUCUACGACUCGCGCGGACCAGACGCAACCGCCGAACCGGGCCUCUUCAACGGCGCCAACUCGAUCCUCACGUUCGCCAUGUACUUUCCCGCGCAGUACACGAGCUUGGCGGACGGGUGGACGUGUCAGGGUUGUUCGGCUGCGGUUAGGAGGUUGACGAGUGUUGAGAGCGGGGUUUGGGUCGCGCUGCCUGUUACGCUUGGGUUGGUGUUGAUUGGAGGGGCGGGGGUGCUGGGACGAUGA